UCUUGUUUGCACUCUUCCUCUUGUGUGUGUGGCUUGAGGACAGAUCUUCACUGUGAAGUGUGAAGUCACACACUCUCUCUCUCUCUCUCUCGGCAUGCUUUCUCUCUCUGAUUACAUUGUCUCACCCUUCAUCCACCUUUUUCUCUCUCUCUCUAGACCUCACUUUUUGUGUCUCAUGCUUUACUGCUCUUGGCCUUGUUCUGAUUAGUCUCCUUUUCCUUUUUAUCUCGAGUGAAAUAUAUAUUUACACUUUUGGGAGUUUUGGGUUUUUUUUUGCUGUUGAAGAUUCAAGGAGACUUUGAGUGGAAGAGAUUGAAGAACAUGAUUGCAUCUGCCGGUAGCUUGGUGGGUUUUCCUUUGGCUUCACUUAUCUGAGAGAUCUGCUCUGUGGUGGGAGUUUCCGAUCUGUCAAUGGGAUUAGAGAUGGAUUUCGAUAGAAAUUGCACGGUAGGUUUGAGUCCUAACACUGUGCUUCCAACUCAUUGUCCUCGUUCCCAUGGUGAAAGAAGGAGCACAAAAGGAAAAUUAAAACGUAAAGAUGAUUUAUCGAGCAUAAAGGAGGAUUUCGUGGAAGUCAGCUUUCAUCACUAUCGCAGCGCUUCUUGUAAAAGUGUUCCAUCUAGGCCUGUUGUUAACGUAGACCUUAAGCGUGGUUCUAUAUAUCAAAGCUCCAAGGAGGUACAAAAUAUUAAGAAAAUGGGCACUGUUGAAUUUAGGAGAAAAGUUGGAAUGCCGCGAAGUAGUGACACCUCUUUCUCUUACCGAAUUGUUGACACAAUGUGUAGUUCAGAUGAGGAGAGUACACAGAAUAGGUCUUCAGUAGCAUCUUUGAAAUCAGACUUGAAUGCACCAUCUGUUGGCCGGCCUCAUGUUGAACCAUGCUCAUCAGAUAGUUUGAUUGAUAUUUGUAUGGAUCCCGAUUACAGGGAAAAGCACUCUGCUGAAGCUUUACGAGAAUUCUCAGUGGAUCUGAAACUAAGAAGUGAUGCUGUUGCUGGACCUCUAAAUAAUGGUAAUGAACUUCUGGAAAGAGACCAAGUUCACACAUUGCACAAGUCUUUCUCCGCUAAGGUGGAAAUGCUCCAAUCUCGUUCCCCACCAGAGAGUGCUCGCUCAUCCAGGGUCAGCUCAAAGACCCGGUUCAGCCCUAUUAUAAAGAUGUUUGAUCCAUUCAUGAAGUCUAAGUCUUUGAGAACUCCGAGUUAUGUAGUGGAACCUGGCAGAGCCAAAACGACUGAGCCGGCAAACAUGACAAGAAACAGGUCACAUAAAAAAUCUUUGUUGCCAGUCUAUUCAAAUACAGCACAGAGUCCAGAUUGUGAUCCUCCGCGUAUCAACCGAGAUAACCACCAAUCGGUUGUUGCAUGCUCGCCAGUUCACCUACAUGGCCAUCUCAAGUUACAAAAUAAGCACGGAAUGCCAUUUUUUGAGUUCUCGUUGAAGUGCUCAGGAGACGUCUUGGUGGCCAGGACAUGGAAAGCAGAUAAUGCUAUUAAUUGGGUGUAUACCUUUCACUCCAUCGGAAGCAGAAAGAAGAGCAAUGCCAGCGGUUGGGGAUUAUAUGGUAUUGACAGAGAUUCUUCAAUGGUGGGACAGAUGCAAGUGUCCUGUUACCUAUGUUCGGAACUCAAAGAUGGAGUUUUUGAAAAUUCCAUGGUGACGGAGUUUGUGGUGUAUGAUAUCGCUCAUGCAAGGAAAACGUUUGCAGCCCAAGAAAACUCUAAUAGUAGCCUUGAUGAUGUUAAACCUCCCAAAGGUUCUAGUCCAGGCACAGUUGGGGCAACUAUAAAGUUGGAUGAGUCUUGUCCCACCAAGGUCAAACUUCAACAAAAACAUGCUUCCAACAGCAGUGAUAACGAUACUUCAGGCUGGCCGUCUGCAGAUUUGCAUCCAAGCCUUGAAAUUGCAGCCAUCGUUAUGCAAGUUCCUUUAGAAAAGAGAGAGAGCUUGAAAUACAAGAGAGGGGAUAAAAUUAGUGAUAAAGUACAUCGAAACCUACUGUCCAUGGGAGAACAGAAGAAGGAGGCUGCCCCUGAUAGCCAAAGUCCAGGAAACUUACAGGUGGUGGUACCAGCUGGAAACCAUGGCACACCGAGUGCUGAAAGCAGCGGUCCUUCAUCAUUACUAGAUCGGUGGAGGUUGGGUGGAGGCUGUGACUGUGGUGGCUGGGACAUGUCCUGUCCUCUUACUGUCUUAAGCAAUCCCCACACCAAAAGCGCUGAUGAUCAACUAUUGGCAGAGAAUCAGAAGCUUAUGGAACUUUAUGUUCAGGGAUCGAAGGAGAAGGCACCAGCAGUGAUCAUGACAAUGGUUGAAGAGGGACACUAUGCAGUUGAUUUUCAUGCCCGGUUAUCUACACUACAAGCAUUUUCUACAUGUGUUGCCAUUUUGCACGGUACAGAAACAUCCGCAGCCGCAGGGCAGGAGAGGAACACACAGUUGUCACAAUGCAGUUCAUUGAAAGUAGUGCUUGAGGAAGAAGUGAAGUACUUAAUUGAAGCAGUUACGGCAGGGGAGAAGAAGGAAGUAGCUAAGAGGGUGAAAAAAAUCCAACCGUCUUAUGUACUGAACCCUCCCUUCUCUCCAAUUGCUCGGGUGUAGAUUUCCUGCUGCAUCUAUGGUUUGCUCCGGAGAAUCCCACAAGGGAUUUAGAGAUGACCCCGAGUCUAACCAGCACCAAGUGGAAGGGCAUCGGCAACAGAUGGCCGAGACGACAUUUACACAGAUACUGAGGGUCAUUUAGUAUAAAAAAAGUUGUGGCAAGGCUCAACAGGCAACUGAGUGAGGCGAAAAGGACUUGCUGAAGCGGGCGAGGCUUGCCAUUGCCGGAGGGAGGGUUAGCACCAUCAAGGAGGGUCUAAAAUCUAGAUCAUUUAGAAUUGUAUCAUUGAAUAUGUUCAUCGACGACGUCGAUAAUCCAAAUGCAGCAGCAUACAACACUGUCCAUAUAGAAACCUGUAGGGGAAGCAUAAAGAAGUAAGCAUAUGAGAAUUGGGAGAUAGCAGUUAGCAUAGCGGUCCUUUCUCUUUUGCAAAUUUUUGUUUUUAUCAAAUUUGGUUGAUUUGUACUUUAUAAAUUAGGAGGGAGAAGACAACAUCCAUGACUAAUUACUGUAUAAUAUAAGAAUACAAACUUUGUUAGAAAAUAA